AUGAAGGGCAACAAAGGAUCUGUUGGUGAUAAAGGACCUAAAGGUGGCAAGGGACCUGGUGGAAAUUCUCAACCUAAAGGACCUAAUGGCGAUAAAGGGCAAAGCGGCGAGAAAGGAAUGAAGGGCAACAGGAUAAAGGACCUGAAGGUGGCAAGGGACCUGGUGGAAAUUCUCAACCUAAAGGACCUAACGGCGAUAAAGGGCUAA